AUGAAGGAGGAAAACCACGGGACCCAAAGACAUGAUGAUCUGAGGAACGAUUCAGGAUCCAUAUAUCUCAAUUUAUCGAAAAACUUGGAAUGUUGUCUGUGCAGGAGAAGAAAACAUUCUUCCAUUACUGCACAUCCACAACUUGCUUACCAGAGUUUGAGAAAAAAAUUGAAAGAAGAGGAACACAAGUAUAAAUGGGAACCAACAAAAUCAUGA